UCAGUCAGAUACCCCUUGUGUGUCUUCCCCGACAGAACUCGUUGCAGUUUCUGCUCCAGUGCUCCAGCCGCCGCAUUGCACUGCCACCGCCGCCGCCACCGACCCCGCGUCCUUCCGCCGCCACCCUCCCGCGACCACCGCCGCACCACGUCCUUCCGCCUCCCCGCUCCCCUCGGCCGAACCCUAAAGCCGCGGCGCGCCCACGUCCUCCUCCACGCCACUCUCACGUCUACGUGCUCGACGACGGCAGCAAGAUGCCGCUGCACCUCCAGAAAUUGGAGGAUGAAGAUAGGCUCAGCAUGCUAAUUGAUGAUAUGUUACUGUCUAUCUUGGGGAGAGUCAGUUUACGUAUGGCGGUAAGGACAGCCGUGCUUUCUACACGGUGGAGGCAUCUGCCUUGGUUGCUGCCUGAACUCAGCAUCAAUGUCGAGGAUUUCCUAUCUGUUCCAUGCACUGAACCUCUUGACGCAAAUGAUAUGGAGGAAGCUAUGGUGUCUUUGACCAAAGCAACCAGGGGUUUCUUGGCUGAUCAGAAGAGAGGAUCCACCAUCUCAAUUCUGCAUCUUAAGCUCUACUUGAUCAACACUUUCUUGUGUGAAGUUGGCCCACUGGUAUGUGACGCGAUCGACAACGGUUUGCUGAAAGAUUUGGAUCUCACCGUUCUUGAUGAGACAGAUCCUUUGGACUGCAGUGACGAGGAUAUGCUGCAGAGAGCUCAAGAGAUCGAUACUUUCUUCCGUGCCUAUCCUAGUGUGCUCCACUGCCUCACAAAGCUCUCUCUGAAAAAUGCAGGCUUCGACAAAUUGGACAUGCACCAUGUAUUGUUUGACUGCUGCAAGCAACUGAAGGAUCUAAGCCUUUGUUAUUGUGAUACUGGCACUUUCUCUGUCUUUAAGAUUGAUGCACCAAACUCAAAACUUUGUGUUCUAGACAUCGACAAGUGCCGCUUUGAGAGAAUCGAAUUGGUCUGCCUCCCGAAAUUGGAGACGUUCAUAUGCACUACUUGGGUAUCUCAGCAUGUCCCAGUAACCUUUGGGUUUGUCCCAUCUCUCGGGGAAUUAGAACUAUCAUGGGGUAAAUCAUAUGACCGAUGCCCAUUUAAAUUAAGUGAGCUGCUACAUGGCACAACAAGCAUACACUAUCUCACAUUGGAUUUCCAAGGAGAAAAUCUUUGGUUGCAACCUGAGAUGGAGGAACUCUGCACCGCAUUCAACAAGCUAAAGAAGCUCUCCGUGUGUGGCGUGUUUGUGGAAUUUGACAUUAUAUGGAUUACGGCCUUUCUCGUAGCAGCACCAUCUAUCGAAAAACUACAUAUUCAGGUAUGGAACCAUGCAUGCGAUGUGGGCGAUUUCAGAGGUGAUGUCUACCGUGACAGAAGCACUCCUCAGUGGGAAAUGCGCUUCAAUGGCUCCGAGAAUAGGCUACUGAAAGUGCUAGAAAUCGAUGGCUUUAGAGCACUAGAACAACAGUUCACAUUUAUAAGAUCCAUGUUGGAGCGCUCUCCCAACUUGCAGAAGAUAAUUCUCAGAGGAGAUGACCAAUGCGACGACUGCAGACCUCUUGAUGCAUCACUCCUCCAUCCUUCGAAAUUUCCGCAGAAGGAUGAGGAAGAAAUGGUGGUUGAGAGGAUCAGAGACGGCAUAUUUUCGCCAGAGAUAAUUUUUGAUGAAGACUGGUCGCUGAGCAUCUGAGAUUUGUUUUUCCUCUUGUCACUAGGAACGUGUGAAAGAGUAUUCUUCAGAGUUCGAAUACUCUUGCGGAUUCUCUCUUUCUUUAAGAGUAUGAUCUUUGUCUGUACAGUAACUUCGAUUGGUGUUUCGUCGGCGCGUUCAGUUCAGAAACUGGAGCUGUUGAUGUAUUUGAUUGUGAUCCUAGAUAUUUCGAUUAGUUACGUCAAAGCAGUAGCUAUUUUGAGCCUUAUUCUCUUUACUUGAGGCUUAUUCUCUUUGCCUCAAGUAAAGAGAGAAAAGUUGUUUCUAAAUGGCAGUUGUCGACAAAAAACAAUUGUAUAGUUGCAUUUGCAGCAGGAGCACUGAAAUAAGGAAAGUAAGAAAA